CCGUAUUGAAAGAUGUUCCCUGUUCACCGUUGGAAAUGAUUAAAGACCCAUCAUUGGAUCAAAUUCGCAUGUCCAGCUAUCCUAACUUGGAGUAUCAAAACCUCUACAAUGCACUUACCAUGCUAUUAGAUGUGGCGUCCAACAUCCAGUCUGGGUUGCACCUUUUUGGAAAGGCGUUUCUUCAGUGUUUGGGAUGCAUACUGCCCUUUCUUGAUAGAGAUCUUAUCGACAAUCUUCCCUAUCCUGCAUCUAGCAUAUCUGUCCUGCCAUCACUGCACCAGGAUAUCAUCAACUAUCUCUGUUACUAUAUUCUUCCGUUUACCAUCACGCGCCAAAGUGACGACGAUCAGGAAUGCCACGCGUGCCAAUCGGUAUCGGCCGUCAUAAUGCUAGUGUUCCAGUACUCCACCAAUCCAGCCCACCAUUGUCAGCUACUUGAAUGUUUGAUGCGAUUGAAGCACAACGUCGCCAAAGACCUUCUGUGUGUGAUUGGGUAUGGAACGGCGAUGUCGCGCGCGUCUGCCGCCAAGCUGCUCUUUUACUACUGGCCCGCCUUCGAUCCGAACCUGUUCGAUCGGAAGGGUCUGCUCUGCAAGUUCACCAACGAUCUGGUGCCAUUCGUCUGCCAGCGAGAAUCGUGCCCGAACGCGGGCAAUGCAGAGGCUGUGAAAGUGUGCUACGACCACUGCAUCAGCAUUCUGUACGCGUCGGAUGCGCCACCGCCACUGUAUCUGUGCAUCGAGUGCGCCAACGAGAUACAUCGCGAUCAUCGGAAUCUUACUUUCGGCGACAUUUUACAUCCGAUGCAGCAGGUAUCGAUGGUGUGCGAGAACAAAAAUUGCCGCUCGCACGAGAAAUCUGCUGUAUCGAUCUGCUUUUCAAACGAGUGUGCCAGCUACAAUGGCAACCAUCCAAUACGUUACUGUCUGCAGUGUCACGGCAAUCGGCACAAUAGCCGCCGUGGCAUCGAUCACAUCGUUCAUCGGAGCCUGCCACCGAUGAUGAUGAUGGAUGCCGAGAUGCAAACGUAUCUGGUGGAGUCUGUAAUCAGUCUUCUGCGCGAAGCGAAAACCCUUAACGUGGACUUUCGCAAGGACUCGUCAAUGAUGGAAACAAAGGCAAUGUCCGGACAGAAUGGAGGUGGUGAGCAACAGGUCGACUAUUUGACGCUCGAGGAGCGCCAACUGCUUGGACGGUACGGCAUAUGGCUACUGGUGGGGCGCUGCACACCAACGGUCGAUACGCCGGUGGAAAUUUUGGGCCGACUGUUGUCAAUGCUCUUCCACUGGUUCCACGUGACUGCAUACUCAUACGAUGGGCAAACAGAGAGUACGCUGGAAAAGUUGAAGCAAGAUCACAUAUGCAGCUGGCUAAAGGAAGUACGCAUCAGCCACUACAAAGAGUUUAUUGAUUGCUUGCUACCCCAUCCACCCGAGUACUCCCGCGUCGGAGGACACUGGGAUUCGUUAGCUUCGCGAACGUCCCAUCUGAAGGAGGGUCUACAGCGGUUGAUUUGUUUGAUACCGUACGAAAUCAUUACGCAGGAGAUCUGGGACACGGUAAUGCCGCACUGGAUGGAAGCAAUUACGAACGAUGUCCCGGAAAAAGAGCUGAUCGAGCUGAAGAUCGUACUGAACAAGAUACUGGAUGCGGAAAUGUCACCGCUUGGGUUUGACGCUAGAGCUAUGUACAAUUUCGUAGCAAUACGGUUCGAGAAGACGACUGCCAAGGUGCAGCAGCAGGCGCUCUAUUGGUUGCAGAAUUUGACCAAGUUGGAGAUUGUCAUUCCGUUACCGCAGCUCUUUGCGAUGUUUGGCGACGGCGUACGUAUCAUGAAGCAUGGAGUACAGGCAGAAAUAAACAAAUCCAAGGAUUCCAGCCGUGGUGGAUCGAGCGGUGGAAGCGGUACCAAAUUCGCCAAAGAAAGAGAGUUACAACACCUAGACGUAGUUCCAUUUGUAAGUUCAGAAUAA